CACACCAUCAUCCUGUCUUGAAAUGACUCAGUCGCCUACUUACCACUGAUUUUUGCCCUUCAAAACUGCUAAGUGGAUACCUCCUAUAUUCAUUUAGUGAGUUAAGAAAUGAGUAAACGAUUGAUCCAAAUAUUUGGCUUUCUGGUUUCAUCUCUGGGAUGGCUGUUUGUGCUGUGCACCAUGGCCAUGGAUUUUUGGAGGAUCACACAAAGAGGAGGACAAGGAGGCUCCUUCAUCAUUAAAGUGGCCUGGUACUGGUCCAACCUGUGGAAAGACUGUUUCACUGAUUCCACAGCUGUGACAAACUGUAGAGACUUCCCUGUUCUCUGGAGCGUCACCGCUUAUGUACAAGGAGUGCGAGGAUUGCUAAUGUGCGGGUUAACUCUUGGAUUCUUUGGUGUGGUCCUUUGCUUCAUUGGGAUGGACUGCACUUACAUUGGUGGAGCUGAUCAAACCAAGGACAAGCUGCUUUUUGCAGGAGCAGUGUUUCAUGUUGCUGGAGGUGUGUCAGAUAUUUCUGCCUACUGCUUAUACAUCAACAGGAUCGCCAGAACAACCUUUGCUGCCAAUGUAGGGCCAGGAGUCUUACGGUAUGACCUAGGAACUCCAAUAUUUCUAGGAUUGGUGGGUUGUUUUCUUAUCAUUUUAGGUGCAGUGUUUUACGUUGUGACGGUCUUCAGAGUAAUCUGCCCUAAAAGUCAAGUGGUAUAUGCCUACGGGGGGGGCACAUACAUGGACCUUCGCUCCAAAGGAAGAACCCUCUAUAGUGGAUACUACAAACCCUCAGGGCAGUAUGCAGCUUACGUGGGCUCAGGAAGAAGCAGCAGCUCCAAGAUCUCGAGGCUCUCUCAGACAACACCAACACGGGUCUCAGAGAGAGAUGCGUUUGUGUAGUAACUUCAAUUUAUUUCCAUUUCAUAAAGUUCUUUUUUUAUUCAGAUUCUUAAAUCAGAUGAAAGUGACAAAUGUAUGUCAACAAAUCUCAUACUGUAGAUACAGAGGAACAUUCAUCCUUCACAUUUUGUAUUUUUUUAAUGCUCUUGUCACAUGUAAUGUUGAUUAAAAAAAUGAAUCAUCUGUGAUACAUAUAAAUGUCUUUUGUUUACCCAUAAUUUUGCUAAAUGCUGGGAUUUAAUCCAAAUGAUUAAUUACAGUGAAUGUCAAUGGGAUAUCAAUGAAUUCUUAUUUUAAUAAAGCCUUUGUACCUAUAAUGGA